AGCACUAUUUGUAGCCAUAUUAACUUAUUAUAGUCGUAUGUUGUGUCCUUAUGAACGCUCGCCGGUGUAGCAGAGUGGUUACCAAUGGAGACGGGAGACGCCUAAUCAGAUUUAGCUAGCGUUAGCUAGCUACUCUCACUUAAGGUUACCAGCCAGGACUCAACAUGGCUACAAAGCCGAAGGGUAAACCAUCCAAAAGUCCUUUUGGAGAUGACAGUGUUCUUGACAGCUUAUUUGAUGAUAAAAAACAUUCAGCAAGGGGGAGAGCAUCUCGUGGUGGACCCUUGAAUCGCUCCUUUGCCACUGAUAACAUCUUCAGCAUGCUAGCAGAGGAAGUAAAGAAGGAUGGUGGUGACUCUGAGGACUCGGAUGUCUCAGCAGCAGAUCCCAAUGACAUACUGAAGAACAUGAAGGACAUGGAUGAUAUGGAUGCUGACCUUUUUGCAUCAAAGAAAAAGCCCAGUUCAGCUCCUGCACAAACAAAACCCUUUGGUAAUGAAGGGCCGAAGAAAGACUCUACUGUUUUAGAAAACAAUGGAAAACCAGAGGGAGCAGAUGAACCCAGCACAGGAGGGAGGAAGCCAAACUCUGCACCCUCUAUGUCUACAGCACGUAACUACAAGAAGUUCACCUUCUCUGAUCUAGAUGACCCCCUGGAUGACCUACUUGGUGAUUUACUUCCAGAUGAAACCAAGCCUGAAUCUAAAACUAGCGUACACCAAACCAAACCUGAACAAGCUGUACAGUCUCCUUCAGCAUCUCCAGUCUUAAAGAGCAAAACAUAUAAAGCAGCAAAGACACCAGCUGAUCUCACAUUUGAUGAUGGUAAGGAUGACCUGAUGGAUGCACUCGGAUUUGACAGUGAUAAAAACAACCCCAAGAAAAAAGAAUCUCCGCUUUGGUCCAACAAGGAAAGGGGUGAGACCCCUCAGAGAGCUCGUACUAGACUGGACGAGAUUCUGGAGAGUUUGACUUCACCUCGUCUUCUGGAGCGACCAGCCACAGGUGAGAUGAAGGACCAGCCUCUGCCUCAAGAGAAGCAGCAGCAGCAGGAGAAGAACACCAGUUUGAAAGAACCACUUUUAGAAGAUGAUCUCACAUUUGGGUCUUAUCAGCCCACUUUGGGAUCCACACCUGAAGGGCGCCAUUCCCGCAGACAGUCUGUCAGAUUUUCCACAGAGGAUGUCAGUGCCUCUACCCCGGAAAAGAAACCAAAGCCGACCACCCCCAUCUCCACUCGACACCGCAACUCAGCCGACUGGUUAGGCCUCAAGACAAAUGACGAUAAUGCAUUUUUAGAGGACGAGACCAAAGAGACCAAGAUUUCACUAGAGUCUCCAAAAGCUCUCUCCUCUCCCUUAUUGGAGAGAAAGCCCUCCCUGACUGGUAGUCAUGCCACAUCUGCUGCAAAAGCUACAGCAGAGACCCCAGCCCCAAUUGUCAAUAUCGCCAAACAAACCAAGGCAGAGGUUUCCACAAUCCAGAAGAAAGAAGAAGAAGAGGAGGAGGAGGAGGAGGAUGACUGGUUAGCAGGAGCACUGAGCAGGAAGAAGGCUCAGUCAGCUUCAAACUCAGAGGCAAAAAAGUCCAAGCAGGAAGAUUCUUUUGGUCUGGGAGAAGAAGUGCAUCUGGAGUCGUUUGUUAGUAAACAAACAACUUCACAGGCUACCAGGGGCAGAGAGGGCUCUCUUACAUCUGUCAAAGCAUCUAGUAAUACUUUUCUUGGACAGCCCAGCCCCGCUGCUCACUCCACCCCUGUCAGAGAGGAGAGGACCGAGCGAGCAGUUCCACAGCAAAGCAACAUGCAAAACACAUCAACUUCUGUCCAGCAACAGGUGACAUUUUCAGCAGACAGUCUGCAGCAGCUGCUACUACAGCAGCAGAUGCAGUCUCAGUUGCUGGGUCUAGGGGGUGUCGGGGAAGCAGCGGUCCUGCAGAGAUUCAAAGAUCAACCUGGGGAUUAUCAAGUGUUACAGGCUCGCAUUGUCCAGCUGGAGGGACUGGUGAAGACCCUGCAGCUGGAGCGAGACCAGAGCCAAAUGUUGCUGGAGAGUGUCCAGCAGCAGCAUAAACAGGAUAUGGAGCUCAUGGAGAACACACACAAGGCUCGUGUGAAGCUGCUUGAGGAAUCAGCAUCCCAGAGGGAGACACGAGCACGGCAGGAAUAUGAAGACCUAAUGGAACGCCUGGCCACAGUAACACGAUCUGCUGAGCAGGAACGCUCAGAGCUACAGGCUCAGUACCAGCGCAAACUGGCUCAGGCCCAGCAAGACAGAGACCGUGAGGUGGAGAGACUCAGAGACCUCCAGAGGAAAUCUAUUUUAGAGAUGAAGAAAGACCAUGAGGACCAGGUCCACAGACUGAAGAGGUUAAAGGACGAGGAGAUUGAUGCAGUUACAAGUGCAACAUCGCAAACCAGGUCUCUUACAGUGGUGAUUGAGCAGAUGGAGCAGUUCUCCUCUCGGCUGGGAGAGCUUUCUUCUCGGGUGGAGAGCACACAUGAACACACGGCCCAUGGCCUGGAGCAGGGGGCACGGCACAGAGACGAGCAGCUUCGAAUAAUGCAGGACCGUCUGGCUCAGCAGCAGAAAGCCAUGGUGGAGGAGAGAGCUUACCUCAAGGAAAUCAUUUCCAGGAUGGACACUCAACUCAAUGAGCAGCAAAGACAGCUUGAGAAGGAGCGCUGGAAGAUGACAGCAGAACAGGCCAAAGCAGAGUCUACACAAAGAGGCCUGGAAGAAGAGCGCCGUUCCCUUAGCAUGCAGAUCAACAUGGAGAGAGAGGAGCUGGAAAGAGCCAAGAGUGCACUGCUGGAUGAGCAGAAGUCAGUGAUGCAGCAUUGUGCAGAGGAAAGGAGGAAGUUGGCAGCUGAGUGGACCCACUUCCACGCUCAGGAGAAGCAGAGGCAUGAGAGAGCGGAACGAGAGGUCAGCAGUCUCUUGGAGAAGAGAGAGGGCUCCAUCAUCAGUCUGGCACAGGAACAAGCUGACCUAAAGCUUCGAACUGGAGAGGUAAAACAGAAGGAGAUUGCAGUGGCACAGGAGCGAGAAGCUCUGGAGAAACUAAGAGAAGAACUAGACAGAGAGAAAGAAAGAAUAAGCAGCACAGCCCUGAGACUGAAAACACGAGCCCAGGAGGUGGAGGCCUUCAGCAAGCUUGCUGCAGAGAAGUAUGAGGAAGGAGAACGAACAUCACAGGAGGCAAAACGCGUGGAGGCUGAGCACGAGGCAAGGCUCAGAAAUAUUCAUAUCCAAACAGAGCGGCUGAGACAGCAAGAACAACGAAUCCUUCAGGAGCGAAUGCAGUUAAGUCAUCUGCAGACGGAGACAGAAAGGCUGAGGCAGGACCAUCACAUCACCUCUUUACCACAAAUGAUUCCAUCCGUGUUACCAGAUUCAGUUGCAGUGUUGCCGAACCCUGAACUGGCAUCGACCUUAAACAUUCCCCCUCCUACUUCAUUUGCCAACACUCAGUCCAUGGCGCUUCAGGCCAGUCUGGCUCUGUGGAAGUACACUGCAGAAAAGGACCAUGAAUACCUCCAAGAAGAGCAGAUCUUUCUCGAAAAUUUAAAGAAGAAAUCCUACAGGUCAUCUUUCAACACAGAUUGACCAAUGGUGCUGGGCACAUUCAAUA